UUGACAGAUCUUUGUAUCAGAACUGAUAUGCGUGCAACACGCCUCCAGACCAAGAAGCGCGCCUCGAUACGCAAACAGAUCACCAACAACAUCAUGAGCAAGGGCAAGAGCGAGGAAGCUGCCGAUCCGACUACCGCGAUGGCGGGCAGUCCUACUGAAGAUCUUCUCGCAGAACAUGCUCCUGCUGGAGUGUUUCCCCUGCUCGAUCUGCCUGGCGAAGUACUAAACAUGAUUAUCAAGCACGCAGUUGCCGCGCCCGACAAGGAAAUCAUCAUGCUCGAGAACGCCGCAACUCCUGCCCUCGCCCGUGUCAGCAGAUAUCUGCGCAAGAGCGUACUUCCUAUCUACCUUGCCAUCAACACAUUCCGCGUCUUCACUGAAGAAGCUCCCAUUGCCCAGAAUCAUCAGACUAUGGAAGCCAAGUUCAAGAUCCAGAACCAGGUCAUGGAAUGGUUGAAGCCGCUUGGCCACAUGACACCCCUCUUCAAGAGCUUGAUCAUCCACUUUGGGGUGGAGGACGAUGCUCAGCUCGUCCUGGAGUACUCGAGCGAGGAAAAUGGCAUCACAGUCAAACACGAGACCACAUGCCGCUACUGCUACAAACUCGGCGAGCGCCUCCCCAUCCUCCCUCGCGCUAUUCUCGACAGCAUGCCCCCUAACCUCAACCUUCGCCACCACAUCGAGCAAGCCGAAGAGCGCAAUACCAUCAUCGGCGACGAACAUGCUCAGUCCAUUGCAGACAUCGAAGCCGAUGUCUACAGCAAGCGUACCGGUAUCAAGAGACACACCUUGGCUCUCAGUAUGGCCAACAUCAUGGGCAUUGAGCGUGUCAUCAACCAGGGCCAGAUGGUCUUCGCCAUGGCUGUUCACACCAUCAACAUGAAGCGCCUCAAGGACACACCCAACAUUAUCAAGCACAAGGAUGUGGAGUACAUUCUCCGCAAAGACACAAGCAUUUGA